AUGGACCAGCAGAAUCAAUCCGGUGUCCCCGGCCCCGCAGGGCGCAAGCUUCACAUCGCCCACAGAAGGAGCCCCUCGGAGUUGACUCCUCUCAUGAUGGAGCAAUUGGCGAUUCAGCAACAGAUUGAGCUGCUUCAGCAGCAGCAACAACAGAUCGCAGCUACGCAUCAGCAAUAUGUCAACAUGGGUCUGUUACAACCACAGCAGCUGAGCCAGGUUUCGGCAUUCUCUCCUUCUUUGCAAGGCCAAGCUUCCAUGGGAGGCGUAACUCCACAGAUCAACGCCUUCCAAUAUCCACAACUCGCCCAGCAACAACUUGGUGUCGGGUUGAACGCUCCCACCCAGCAUUCGCAUCGACGCAACCAAUCGGCCCUUCCUGGCUUGGGAAUGGGUCCUCCCCCAGCUCCAUCCUCUGGAGCCUCAGGAUACUCGGACUAUAACCAACAACAGAGCCACCAGCCAAAGACUGAAAAUGGAGGUCAUGGACGUGGCCAGAGAGGUCCUCCUGGUGGUGGUGGCCAUCAAAGACGUCACUCGCUUGCACUUCCCGAGGCAAAGAAAGCCGCUGAGCUUGCGCAGCAGAAAAGGACAGCAUCUGGUUUCCAGUUUCCGGCUCCCACUGGCGAAUCUUCCGAUGCUGCGCAGAGCUCGGAUGGCAAGUCGACCCCGCCCGCGACACAGGCUCCUCAAGGUUUGGGUAUGCAUCGCGCUGGCAAUAUCCGCGCUGGUGGCCAUGGUCGCAGUCAGUCAAUGGCUGUGGGUGGAAACCGAGGCUCUCUGUCUGGCCGCGGCGCCGGUGGCUUCCAGUUUCCUGCUUCUAAUGACAGUGGCUCUGAUAAUCCACGCCGUGGCAGUCAGGCCGGCCACGCUCGGUCUGGAUCGAGAAACUUUGACAGUAAUUGGCGCCAGCCCAAUAAUCAAGCUCAGGGCCAGGAUCAACAGAAGAGCUUUGGACAACAGGGCAGUGGCUUCCAGCCCGGGCAUCGUGCUCGUGCAUCCAUGAACCAGUCUAUUGGUUCCAUUGGGCAGUUCCAGUACCCCGCGCAGCCCCAGCUGAUCCAGUUACCUCAAGGUCAAGUCAUGAUGGCCCCUCCGCAGUUGUUUGGUGGCCAACAACAACUGAACCCCCUCCAACUUGCACAGCUUCAGGCUCUGCAGCAGAACGGACAGCUUAGCGGCCAGGGUCUCGGUCUUCAAGCUAGUCAGCAUGCUCCGCCUCAGCUAUCUGCCCAGCAGCAGCAACAGCAGCAGCAGCAACAGCGGAAGACUCUCUUCACUCCAUACCUGCCUCAGGCAAACCUGCCUGCUCUGUUGAGCAAUGGCCAGCUCGUGGCUGGUAUCCUCCGUGUGAACAAGAAGAAUCGCUCUGAUGCUUACGUCACUACCCCUGACCUGGAUGCCGAUAUUUUCAUCUGUGGAAGCAAAGACCGCAACCGUGCUCUUGAGGGUGACUAUGUGGCAGUCGAGCUUCUCGAUGUCGAUGAGGUGUGGGCUCAGAAGAAAGAGAAGGAGGAAAAGAAGAAGCGCAAGGAUAUCACAGACGCUCGUUCCGGUAGCACUGCUGGAAAUGAUAAGCUGUCUCGGUCUGAUUCUGGCGCCAACGGUGACCGUCAAGAAGUUGGUCCCGACGGCAGUAUCCGUCGCCGUGGCAGUCUUCGUCAGCGACCGACACAGAAGAAAAAUGACGAUGUCGAGGUUGAAGGUCAAAGCCUUCUUUUGGUUGAGGAAGAUGAGAUCAGUGACGAGCAGAAGCCCCUUUAUGCGGGACAUAUCGUUGCCGUUAUUGAGCGUAUCGCCGGGCAAAUGUUCUCUGGAACCUUGGGUCUCCUUCGUCCCAGUAGCCAGGCGACGAAGGAGAAGCAGGAGGCCGAACGGCUAGCCAGAGAUGGCGGUCACGGUCGUCAACAGCAGGAGCGCCAGCAGGAUAAGCCCAAGAUCGUCUGGUUCAAGCCCACUGAUAAACGUGUCCCUCUGAUUGCGAUCCCCACCGAACAGGCUCCCCGCGACUUCGUGGAGAAACACCAGGAAUACGCCAACCGAAUCUUUGUCGCAUGCAUCAAGCGCUGGCCGAUCACAUCUUUGCAUCCCUUCGGUACCCUUGUUGAACAGCUAGGCGAGAUGGGCGACCUGAAGGUGGAGACCGAAGCGCUGCUGCGGGACAACAACUUCGGUGGAGACGAAUUCUCCGAUGCUGUUCUCAAGAGUAUUGGCUGGGAAGACUGGUCUGUAGCCAGCGAGGGCGAUGCUCUGCUCGCCUCCCGUCGGGACUUGCGCCAGGAGACGACUUUCACCAUCAACCCCAGUGGAGCUAAGCAGAUUGACAACGCCUACCACAUCAAGCCUCUGGCCGAUGGAAAGGUGGAGAUCGGUAUCCAUGUAACGGAUAUUGCUCACUUCAUCAAAGCCAACUCCCUUGUCGAUCGCGAGGCUAAGAAGCGAGGCACGGCUGUUUACCUUAUGAACCGAAUUGUGAACAUGCUCCCUCCUCGUGUGUCUACUGAACUGUGCGCCUUGCUGCCAGGCGAAGAUCGGUUGACAGUCAGUGUAAUUCUCAAAGCCAACCCGGAAACAGGUGCCAUCGAUGAUGACGUGUGGAUCGGUAAGGCCAUCAUCAAGAGUUCCGGUCGCCUGAGUUAUGAUGAUGUCAACUCCCUCCUUCAGGGAACAACAAAUGUUGCUGCUCCGGGCAUUGCUGCUGACACUGUCAGGGCUCUACAUGCUGUCACUUCACGGUUCAAGGAGGCUAGGUUCGGCAACCGAAUCUCUCAGAUCCCUCCUCUCCGUCUCCUGUAUCAGCUGGAUGAUGAGAAUGUACCGGUCGAGGGUAACAUCUUUGAUUCCUCUCCCGUCCGCGAGAUGGUCGAAGAACUCAGCUUCAAGGCCGACUCUUUGGUCGCUCGUCGCUUGGCCGCUGCCUUGCCUGAUAAGGCCUUCCUCCGGCGUCAAACCCCACCCAACGCUCGCCGUCUUCAGCUUUUCGUGGACAGGAUGAACAGACUCGGGUUCGGCUUGGAUCCAACCAGUAGCGGAACCCUGCAGAGCAGUCUCUGCAAGGUUCAGGAUGACGAUUUGCGCAAGGGUAUGGAGACGCUUCUCAUGAAGUCGAUGCAGCGUGCCAAGUACUACGUGGCCGGCAGUGCAUCUGACGAUCAGCGCCAGCACUAUACACUCAACCUGCCUGUAUAUACACACUUCACUAACCCUUCUCGCCGGUAUGCGGAUAUGCUCGUCCAUCGUCAGCUCGAGGCUGUCUUGUCCAACGGUGCUAUUGAGCUCUCGGAGGACCUUGAGUCAUUGAACAAGACUGCCGAUCUUUGCAACAACAAGAAGGACUCGGCACACAAUGCCCAGGAGCAGAGUGUUCACAUUGAAGCCUGCAGGAGCAUGGACAAGAUCCGCCAAGAGCAUGGCGGUGAUCUCAUUAGCGAGGGUAUCGUGCUCUGCGUUUAUGAGUCCGCCUUCGACGUUCUCAUCCCAGAAUACGGAUUUGAGAAGCGUGUUCACUGUGACCAGCUGCCCUUGAAGAAGGCUGAAUUCCGCAAGGAGUCUCGUGUUCUGGAGCUUUACUGGGAGAAGGGAGUGCCAUCCUCGGCUUAUAUCCCCGAGGACGAGCGGCCGAAGUCUACCAACUCUCGUGCGGCUCAAGCUGCUGCUGCAGCACGCGAAGCCGAGGCUGCACGUGAGCGUGCUCGCGAGCGUGAAGAAGCUAUCCGUAGACAGACCGAGACUGGUACCAUGUCGCAUGAUGAUGUGGACGCUUUGUUCGACGAUGAUGACGACGUUUCCGAAGUCACUGAGAUGGCUGCUGGUGUCUCCUUGAACUCUGCUGCCGACCGUUCCACCCAGAGCAUGCCACCUUCGCCCACUCGCAAUGGUCAUCUCCCUCAGGCGCCUCACCGAACACGGUCUGAUCCCAAGAUUGCGACCGUCAGUGGCGAUGCUCCUGAAGCCAAACUGACCAACAAGGAGAAGUACCUGCGGUUGUUCAAGCUCCGCGAGGAGGAUGGCGAGUACAUCCAGGAUGUCACCGAGAUGUCUCGCGUACCCAUCAUUCUGAAGACUGAUUUGAGCAAGAGUCCACCUUGCCUUACUAUCCGCUCUGUUAAUCCCUACGCUCUGUGA